CACACAUACACAGUAACCCAAAGGACCCAGGGGUGGAUAUAUCUUAUUUAAAGACGCCAAGAUGCUGCUGGUUUUAUUGUUUUCCGUGCUAAAUUGUCUUAAUCUGGCGGUCAGAGGCCAGUCGGAUCUUGCCUCCAAUGUGAACGCUUUAAAGGAGUAUUUGGGGCACUCAUCUUCACAGGGAUGUUAUCAGGCCUCAAACAGAAACGCUAAUUUUAAGUUAUUCUCAAGAAAUAACAAUAUGGGAAACUGCGUCACUGUUUACGCAAACAGCCUGAAGACAGCCAAUUUUGACUCAUCCAAGGCAACGUACUUGUUCUCCCAUGGCUGGCAAGGUUCAGGUACCGACUCCUACGUGGCGCCUCUGGUACAGGCAUUGCUGCGUAAGGAGGACGCCAACGUUAUCGUUAUUGACUGGAACAAAGGCUCCAGGAACCCUAACUUGCUGACAGCUUCCAAGACUGCCACAUCUGUAGGGGUCGACGUUGCCGCGCUCGUGGGUACCAUGACAACGCUUGGCCUAAGUCCUAAUAGAGUUAAUCUGAUUGGUCAUUCACUUGGCGGAAAAGUUGUUAAGGUCGCCGGAAAUGCCCUUGCUUCAGCCGGGAAGAGAGUCGCCAGCGUUGUUGCUUUGGAUCCCGUCGCUGGGAGAUACUCGGGUUCCGCCGACUUGGUCCAGGUGGUACACACGAGUCCAAUCGCAGCUUUCUCAACAGGGGACAUUGAUUUCUUUGUCAACGGAGGCGCCUUCAGUAGAGACCUGAUGGAGUCUCACAUGGUCGCCAUACACAUGUACACGGAAUCUGUGAACGAAAGUUGUCCAUUCUCCGCUUGUGCUAAAACUAACCCAACCUUGUGCAACAGUAUGGGCUAUGGGGUUCGCAGCAGUGGUCCCAAGGGAAAACUUUAUAUCACGGUCAAGGACGCCACUGCGUUCUGCUAGCACGGACGCUGAAAACUUCUGUUUUCGACUAAGUGUAAUUAUAAUCAUGAUUCCAUUUAUAUUAGACUACCUAAAUUAAGGUAAAUAAAAGCGACCGCCAGACUA